AUGCUUAGCCAAGAAGACCUCAACUCUGUUAAUACUUUGAAUGACGACUAUGAAAAGCGCAGACUCAGCAAGGAUCGGAUUAAAAAACAAGCUCGGAAGGCUCUAAUUGAUCAUCAAAGAUUGAAACAUUUCAAAACAAAAAAUUUCUUGCUGAGAAGAGUGGUUCUUCCUUUUUCUGAAAUUGAAAUUGAAAGAUUAGCAAUAUAUAUGAAUAUGGAAUUUAAUAAUUAUGAAACAAUUUUUGAAAGUGUAAAAAUGAUUAGAUUGUUUUCGGCUGGAACAGAUUUGCACUUUUCAUGGAUUGUUAAAGCUGGAAUUACAAAGUAUCUUGUUGAUUUUCUUGAUGUGAAAUAUGUCUCAAGGUAUUUCAAUAUUCAAAGCGAUGAGAAUUUUCAUAUUGAUGAUUCCUCAAUAACAAAUAGAAUAAGCACAGCACAGUUAUUGGCACUUCAAUAUGAAUCUGUGAGGUCUCUUACUAAUAUAGGCCGCAGAACAAUAGAGUAUGUUCAACAUAUUGUAGACCUAGGAUGUGUUCCAAAAUUGAUUAUGCUCGUUAAUGCUUGUAAUGAUUCUGAAAUGCAAUAUCAGUCCAUUUUGGCAUUAGAUAACAUUAAUCAAAAUAGUCACGAAAUAAUAGAGUUCAGAGAUACAUUGCUAAGUCAUGGCUAUUUGGACAUACUUAUCAAUUUUAUUAAUUCAAACAAUAAUCAAUUGGAGCGAAUUCGAAAUGUAACAUACUCAAUUUCUAUUUUAUUAUCGAGAAAUUACACCACAGCACCUGUACAAUAUUUUGAAAAGGCAAUCCCAAUACUUUCCAAAAUGCUCCAUCAAUCUGAGAUAUCUGAUGGUUUUCUUUGGGAUUUUUCCUUACUAACAGAUGUAGAACCUGCAAUUAAUCAAUUGGUUAUUACAUCCGAUACCAUUUCAAAAUUGGUGGCACUCCUCUCCGACAGCUCUAUACAUAACCAAAUACCUGCUUCUCGUACUAUUUCAAAUAUUUGUACAGAUAAUACUAUUCAAACAGAAAUUGCCUUAAAUAGUGGAUUAUUGGAAAAGGUAUCCAUUUUCCUUACGAGUGAAAACAAUUUACUCAUAAGAGAAGCAUUCUAUAUACUUUCAAGUAUACCUGCAGAACAAAUCGAGGGGGUGGUAGUGAAUUCUAAAAUAACGCCUCUUUUUUUGGAAACGUCAAAAUUUAAUGAUAAUCUCUUUGUCAAACCUGGGCUGUUUUCUUUCAUAGAGACUCUGUGCUGCCGUGGCAACCAUAAAAUUAUUAAUCAUCUAAUCAAUCUCAAUGUAAUUGAAAUAUUACACUCUGGAUUGUGUGAUGAAUUUCUUAGAGUAUGUUUAGAAACCCUUUCCAAUAUUUUACAAGUUGAAGAGUGCAAAGAAAGGGCCAUUCAAGAGAUGAAACAUUUGAACACUUUUGAAAAGAUCAAAUCAGAGAUUCAAAAUGCAGACCUUACAAAAUCCAUUGGUGCUACAUUGGCUUCCUUACUUUAA